AUACGCACCGUGAGAUGGGACGGCGGUUUGGAGAGCUGCUGCCAGCGGUUCUGGUCUCGCUGUUAUUCUGCGUCUGCGAGCGGGUCUCUGCGGCAAACUUCGAGCUCACACUGCUACACACCAACGAUGUUCAUGCGCGGGUGGAGGAAACCAGUACCGACUCCGGCAAAUGCACGAAAGGACAGUGCUUUGCCGGAGUGGCGAGGAGGAUGACGAAAAUUAAGGAGAUCCGGCGUCUAGAGCCGAAUGUGCUGCUGUUGGAUGCGGGAGACCAGUUUCAGGGCACAGUUUGGUUCAACUACUACAAGGGUGCUGAAGCCGCAUACUUCAUGAACAAGCUCGGAUAUGACGCAAUGGCUUUGGGAAACCAUGAGUUUGACAACGGAGUGGAGGGUCUGCUCAGGCCUUUCCUGCAGGACGUGAACUGCACAGUCCUCAGCGCCAACAUCAAGGCCGACCAGACGCUGGCACCAAAGAUAGCGGGCUAUUUUUCGCCCUAUAAGAUUCUGGAUGUAAAGUCUGAGAGGGUGGCCGUGGUGGGCUACACAUCAAGGGAAACCCCAGCACUUUCAUUGCCAGGUCCUCACUUGACCUUUGAGGAUGAGGUCCAAGCCCUGCAGCUCCAGGUAGACAAGCUGACCACCUUGGGCAUUAAUAAGGUCAUUGCCCUCGGCCACUCCGGCUUCGCUGUGGACCAGGAAAUUGCCAGGAAAGUGAAGGGGGUAGAUGUGGUUAUAGGAGGACACACCAACACAUUCCUGUACAAUGGGACAUCACCAUCUAAAGAGAUCCCCGCGGGGCCGUACCCGUUCAUGGUGCAGUCAGACGAUGGUCGCAAAAUCCCUGUCGUCCAGGCCUACGCUUUUGGGAAGUACCUGGGCUACCUGAAGGUGACCUUUGACGAGGCAGGCCACGUGGUUCAGGCAGCAGGGAACCCGAUCCUUCUGGAUAGCAGCAUAGAAGAAGACCCAGAUGUGCGUGCUGACGUGGAGGAGUGGAAGAAGAGUCUGGCGAAUUACUCCUCCCAGUACGUGGGGAAGACCCUGGUGUACCUGAACGGCACCUUCGAGGAGUGCCGCUACCGCGAGUGCAACCUGGGGAACCUCAUCUGCGACGCCAUGAUUCACCACAACAUCAAGUACGCGGACGAGGCCCAGUGGAAUCACGUCAGCUCCUGCAUCCUGAACGGCGGCGCUAUCCGGUCGGCCAUCGACGAGCGCAGCCGGAAUGGUUCCAUCACCAUGGAGGACCUGAUAGCCGUCCUGCCGUUUGGGGGCACGUAUGACUUGGUGCAGCUGAAGGGGUCAACACUGAAAAGGGCCUUUGAACAUUCGGUGAAAAGAUACGGAGGAGGAACCGGGGAGUUCCUUCAAGUGUCAGGGAUUCAGGUGGAGCUGGACGUGUCCCAGCCCGUGGGUCAGCGGGUGACACAUAUCAGCCUGCUCUGCACUCAGUGCCGGGUACCCCACUACGAGCCGCUGGACCCCAACAGGAUCUACAAGCUGGUGCUGCCAUCAUACCUGGUGGACGGGGGCGACGGGUUCUCCAUGAUCCGGGAUGAGAAGCUGAAGCAUGACAGCGGGGACCUGGACAUCGCGGUGGUAGCCAACUACAUCUCCGAGAUGAAGCGGGUCCACCCAGUCGUGGAGGGCCGCAUCCGGUUCGCCAGCUCGGCGCGGGUGAGCGCCGGCCACGUCAACCCGCCCCUCCUGCUGCUGCUCGUCCUGGGAUUGGUCUCGGCCCUGUCCGUCAGCCUGUGAGAGCCGACCGUCACUCCGGCCCGCUGCGGGUCCUGGCAGCUGCCGACGUUCCAUCAUCAGCCAAUUCAGAACAAGCCGCUCAGGUUGCCCUGUGACGCUCUCAAGACAGGACAUUGUUGCCGAUGUAACAGAAAGGACUAUUUAUAAUACGGUGCGACAGCAACAAGAACAGAGCACUCUGCCACUUACAGGUACUGAAGUUCAACCCUCAACAAUCUGCUGGCACACCUGGCCCAGGUGUGGGAGGGACUGCACUGCCGCAGGUGAUCCGUGUUCCGAGGACACCUGGGCAGGGCUGGUAAUCUUUCUGCAUGGCACUGCACCCACAUAGCCGGGCACAGGUAGGCUUGAGUGUGGCCAGACAGCACAUGGCAUUAGUACUAGGUUAUGUCCUGAGUCAGGGCAAAACUCUGUACCAACUCAAACACGCGAAGUACGACACACCAUAUUUUUUUUAAUCCAGUCCACUAACACAAACCAACGGGACUGUUACCUCAUUGACUGCUGCCAAUCAUAGAGCCAAUAAAAGCAUUCCUCCAUAACCGAUAUCAUCAACAACAAAGUUCACUGCAAGGCUGUGUGAUUUAACAGCCUCAUGAGAGCUAAAUAUUAUCAAAUGACUGUCAGACAGGAUUAACAAUGACAAAGCAGGCAGCACAGG